GGUUACCGUCAUAUCUUCUGAAUCCCAUCAAGAAUUAAUUGUAUCUACCAUUCACAAUUGCCAUCAUGGCACCAUUUCAUCCUAUUACUAUCUGUAGAUCAGAUGGGCAAUUAGAAAUCAUUACAAAGACAGGUAUCAAAGAAUUGAAUCAACCAACACCAGCUCAAUUGAAUGAUAAAGAAGAUGCGGAAGGACUUGUUGAUUUUUACAAGAAACUCGAUUCUGAUGAACCAAAAGCUAUCGAUUGGAGAAGAAAGAUUGGCGGCAUGUUGAUGCAUUAUUUAGGUGGAAAAGAGCAUUCUGAUAGGAAUUACGUACUUAAAGAUCUACCUGAAGGAUAUGUUUUAUGGGAACACGUCAAAUAUAACAAGAAUAAAUUGGAAGCAGAUUCGAAGAAGGAAAAAGGCAGACAUACAGCUGGAGUUUAUGAACGACAAGAUACCUAUUUAUAUGGACAUCCACAAGGUCGAAAGAAGAGAUAUCGAAGUCCGGCAGAUUUUUUCCCGCAUGUACUUUGGUUAAGUACGGAUCCAGAUGGCGACCCAAGGAAUUGUUCAUGUAAAGUUUGUUCACCAUUCGGGGAGGAUGAUCCACAAGAAGAAGCAAUUAAUGGCGCGAUAUUGAAGAAGGAAAUAACCAAGGCAACUACUCCGGUCGUCAGUAUACCAGCACCCAAGAAGGAAAUUAAAAAGGAUAGUAUGCCAGUUGUUAGCAUACCUCAAAAAGUUUCCACCUCAGGAUCCGCAGCUUCUGGAUCAUCAAAGUCAUCACCUCAACCAACUUCAUCAAUUCGAUCAGCAGAACAAAAACUCGAUAGUACACCUGAUACAGGACUCAUUUAUCGUACAGGAGAAUUAGUUUGGUUUAAUAGAGGACAUGCUUGGGGUCUCGCAGUUGUAUCAAAGAGAAGAUAUGAACAUUUCCAAGCGGAAUAUUUGGUUCAACCACUUUCUCACCCACUUUCACAUUCACCAGCUCAAAUCAAAGAUCAAGAAUCAAUUAGACCUUGGCUUGCUUGGAGUGUACCACAAACCACAAUCAAUUCAAUCAACAAUAUCCCAUUUGAUGAAGUACCUUGGGAUCGUAUUGUUCGAGGUGAAUAUGGUGGAGGAGAUUACCAAGUUGAUGGUAGUAUCUUGGCCGCAAAAGUGAUUGAUGGAAGUUAUUCACUUUUUGAUAGACUUGAAAAGGCCAUUGUAUCUCCUGGAGAAGUACAUUACAAUGGAAUGUUUCUUGGAGCUGAAAAGAUUUGGGUUGGUGAACCAGUUCGUUUACGUGUUGAUGGAGAUUCAAUUGUGGUUCUCGUCAUUCAAAAACUCAUUGAACGUACAGUACAAUCAAAUCCACUUUUGACUGAUGUAACAUUCGUGGGUGAUAUUUACAAAUUUGUCGAGAUGCCAAUGCCUUAUAACAAUCGAUCACAAUGGCCAACACCAGAUCUACCUCCGCGAAUGGUUUCUGAUUUAAGAUUCCGUAAUGAAGUAGCGGAUAAUGCAAAGAAGCGUACUUGGUAUGAAUGGCAAUUACUUGAACCAGCAGCUCGUCGAGGAUUAGCUGAUAUUAAAGGUCGUUGGUAUGAAACUCGACUUUUGUUACCAGUUUUAAGAGGUAUGGAAGCUUAUCAACUUGGUAUUGGAAGAGGUGAGACUAGUGAUGCUAGUUUAUGGAUGAAUGGAAGAGGUGAUACAAUUGGAGGAACCGGAAAGAGACAAAAGAAUAGGAGAACGACAUUAGGAAAAUCAGUUCCAGAUAAUUAUCAAGUUGGUAGAGGUUUAGAUGGUCCUCCAGCUGAUAACAUUUUUCCUGAAUCAACUCCACAACCAAAUGUUGUCAUACCAGAUAUUGAUCAAUUUAUGGAUUUAGAUGGUGUUGGAACUGAUAAUGGAUACAAUGUUUGAGAUGGAGUCAGGUAUAUUUGUUAGUGGUAUGAGUGGUUAGGUAUGAGAUGAAGGUGUAUUUUUUGGUGGUAUGAGUGGUUAGUAAAAGGCGUUUUUGGUAGAUAUGCGGAUAUGUGGAUAUGUAUUAUAGGAAGCAAAAGAUACCCCGAAUAUGUAACGGGAGUAAAUGGGAUAGUGGGUAUGUAUCUAAUAAUGAAGUCA